AUGUCGCAGUGCCAGGCACUGGAGGCAGCGGUGCAGGGCGAGGAGGAUGACAAGGCGGCAUUGCUGGAGUACGUACAGGAAAUGGAGGAUGACCGCCAGCGGUACAGAUCAUUGCUUGCUGGGAAUUUGGAGGAGCCUGGGGCCUCAGAAGACAAGGUGGCUGGUGGCAGGAACGGAGAGAGGGGUGAAGUCAAGGCUGGGAAUGACGCUGGCCGAUGCCACGGCCAAGAGUCCUUUUCUGGAGCAAAUGGACCGUCGCCGAGAAUGCAGUCGAUGCAGGCCUCCAUGAACGCCAUGCGCCGAAAAUUGACUGCAGCCAAUGAGAGCCUGCAAAGGAUGACGGAAGAUAAGGACAGGGCUCAGGAAGAGGCAAGGCUUGCCAGAGAGGAUCGUGCUGCUUUGGAGCAGACUUGCGACGAGAGGCAGCAGCUCCUUGUCCGUGUGCAAAGGGAGCUUGUAGAGUCUGACAAGCGGCUGAAGCUGGCGGAGCGAGGAGCCGAGGCAGCGCGCAAGGCUGAGCAGGAAAUCGAGCGCUUCAGGCAGCGGGAGGCGACCCUGCUGAAACUGGAUGAGGACCUCAGGGCAGAUGGGGUGCAUCUAAAACAGAUGCUCCAGCUGAAAGAGUCAAGGCUGCAGGAGGUAGAAUCGUCCCUGGAGCAUCUCAUCAGUUGUGUGCGAAAUGGGGUCCGGUCAUUGACAAACCGCCAUGCUGCCGAUGAUGAUGUCUCUGUGCUGGCGAUGCUCAGCAACUCAGAGCCCAUGCCUCAUGCGGCAGAUAGGAUCUCCAAAGAGCUUCAUGCCGCGAAUGAAACUCGUCACCAACUCGAAGACAUGCGUUCCCAAAGGGACGUGGUGGCAGGGCGGCUCGAAGACCUGGCAAGGGAGCACCAGGCCCUGCAGUCCAGCCACGCUGACAGCAUAGCGGCCCGGGAGAAGCUGUCCAGUCGCGUGGACGAUCUGCUGUCUGAGCUGGAAGACUUCAGGGUGAUCAGAUGCGAACAGGAGGACCUGAUGGUGGAGCUUGAGGGCCUGCGCGCCCUCAUCCAACAGACCCAGUCCGAGUUUCAUGCCUGCCAGGCAGAGCGCGACAGGCUCGUGCAUGAGGCGGCCACCCAAGCAGGCCAGCUGCGCAGCGAGCAGGAGGAGAGGGGCCAUGCAGUCGCUGCCCGAGACUGCCUUGCUGAAAAGGUCGCUGCCCUUGAGCGGAGGCUGCAGGAGGAGGGGGACGAGAGACAGAGGGCGGCAGCGGGCCGAGACAGGGAGAGGGCGAGGGCCAAGGAGCUGCAGGGCAAGGUUGAAGGGCUGCAG